UUUUUUUUUUUUUUUUUUUUUGUACCAGGGCAUUGUUGGCGAGCAUGAGUACCAAGAAGUAGGUAUCGUGUAACCCGGGGAAAACGGUGUGGAUGAUUUGAUAAAAUGGUUCGAUGAGUUUUUGAACAACGGCGGCUAAACCCUCUGUGACUGAGUUGCUCUGUUGUAUCAUAAUCGACCCACCGACACUGCCCUGCGUUUCUGGCUCCGUUCCUUUCCGUCUCAUUUAACAUCAACAUUUGUCCAUGUUCCAAAUCAAACCCCCACUUUACGAAAAGAUAAAGCACUUUGCAAGAUUUCCGCAAACGGGAGUCUCACUGCGCCAGAUGGUGAUGUUUGGUCAAAAGCCAUCCAACGCUACUCUUUUCAAAGCGAGUCAAUUCCUUCAUGAGGAGUUACCUAUACGGUUAGCCCAUCGUGUGAAAGAGUUGGAAGAGUUACCAAAAAGUUUAAGUCGAAUGCCGUCGAUCAUCAAGGUCAAAAAUUGGUACGCACAGUCAUUUCAGGAACUUGUUGAAAUGCCUGCUCCGCGGAUAUCGUCGUCAAUGAAACAAUCCUUCAAGCGGGCUUUUCAAAAUAACAAUGUCCGCGCUUUACCCCGCAGUGUACCAAAUCCGUCUCUGGGUCAACCUGUAUACAAUAACCAUAUCCAAUUCCCAUCCGUCCCCAUAGGCCAUCGGUAUUACAAUGAUAUCAAUGAUAUUCAGUGCUCCCCCGAUAUUAUCACAUAUACCGAAGAUUUUGUAAAAGCCAUCGAAACCAUCAAACGAAGGCACGAUCCUGUCGUCACCACCAUGGCACAGGGGAUCCUCGAAUACAAGGAGCAUUCUAAAUUACGUACCUUGUCUCCUGAUAUCCAAGAGUUCCUCGAUCGUUUUUACAUGUCCCGUAUUGGCAUUCGUAUGUUAAUAGGCCAACACUCAACACUUUACAGAGGGCCAACGAGGGAUGAUUAUGUGGGCAUCAUUUGCACGCAUACCAAUAUUCAAGAGAUCGCCCAAGACGCCAUUGCUAAUGCGAGGUUUAUCUGCGAGGAGCAUUACAGCCUGUUUAAAGCACCUGAAGUGCAGAUGUAUUGUCCUGGUGACAUUGAAUUCAUGUAUGUUCCGUCGCAUCUCAACCAUAUGCUUUUCGAAUUGUUGAAAAAUUCCUUACGUGCCGUGGUGGAGCGAUAUGGUCCCGAUUACGAGGACGAAUAUCCGCCGGUCAAGCUGAUCAUUGCACACGGUAAAGAAGAUAUUACGAUUAAAAUUUCGGAUGAAGGAGGUGGUAUUCCUCGUUCCGGUAUACCACAUGUAUGGACGUACAUGUACACAACUGCCCAACGACAAUCAUUAGAACCAGAGUUCAACAAGACCGAAUUCAAAGCACCAAUGGCUGGAUUCGGCUAUGGUUUACCUAUUUCCCGACUGUAUGCUCGAUAUUUUGGUGGCGAUUUGAAGUUGAUCUCCAUGGAAGGUUAUGGUACGGAUGCUUAUCUCCAUUUGAAUCGACUCUCCAACAGCGAUGAACCUUUGAUUAUGUAAAUUACUCUUUGCUCCCAUCAUGUAUUCUAUUGCUGUAUUUAUUGAACCUAGCUUCCUCCAAAAUAAUCACUGUAACAUACAACUACCCGACCUACGAUUUGCGUAAAUCCUUAAUCAUCAUGUAACCCUGACCUUUACAUUUCAACUUUUCCGAGAAACACUUAUUUUCUAAGAACAGUAAAAAGAUCAUUUCGGAAAAUGCAAGUCAAUUUGUGAGCCAGACAGCGCAAAGCAAAUCACUGAUUUAGAUCAGUUGACGUACAGAAGAAGUAGCCAACACUAGAAACCUAGGUGAUCGAUC